CAAAUUUUAUAUUUAAUUUAUAAUCGCUUCGUUUUUAUCUUAAAUUCGGUUUAAUUCCCGAGUUGUAAAUAUAAAACUACAACUUAUUAUAGAUAAUAGAAAGUCAUAGAAGCAACAUAGCUUUAUUUUGAUGUUGAUAAUCUAUAAAUAAUAAUAGUUAAAACGACCAACCUGAAACAUAACCAUUUUUAUAACUUUUUGUUAAAAUGUCACUAAGAGAUAAUCUACAGCCAAAAAUUUACAAUAUUGCUGAAAGAAGAAAUUUCACUCCAAACAUUACUGCAACGGAUUAUGAAUCUUUUGCUUUUAACAAAGGAAUACCAAUUGUUAUUGAUAAUGGGUCAUAUCAAUGUCGUGUGGGGUGGGCGAACGAUGUUUCGCCAAGAUUACAAUUCGAUAGCAUGGUAUCGAAAUACAGGGAUCGAAAAAUUAAUCAAAGUGUCUUGCUAGUAGGGAAUGAUAUUUAUACGGAUGCUACAGCGAAAUCCAAUGCGAAAAGUGCAUUUGAUGGAAAUGUGGUAUAUAAUUUCGAAACUAUGGAAUAUAUUUUAGAUUACAUUUUUUUCAAGCUUGGAAUUAAUACUGACAAGGUAUAUCACCCUGUAUUGAUGACCGAACCCGUGUGUAAUCCAAAUCAUUCAAGAAGAUUGAUGUCAGAAUUAUUAUUUGAGAGUUAUGAUGUUCCAUCAGUGUGUUAUGGUAUAGAUGCGCUUUUCAGUUUUCACGCAAAUAACCUUUCGUUUGACGAAGGUGGAAUCGUUGCCUCAUCUGGCCAUACCACGACUCAUGUAAUACCAAUAAUUGGUCGUGGUGUGUUGGAGCAUACUAAAAGGAUAUCAUGUGGUGGAUUGACAUCUACUGAUUAUAUGCUCAAAUUGAUGCAGCUCAAAUAUCCUACUUUUCCGACCAAAAUGACCGUCAAUCAAGCUCAACAUCUUGUGCAUAGCUUUACCUAUGUUGCACAAGAUUAUUUUAAAGAAUUAAAAGAAUACUCCAAUACAAGUACUUUUCCAUCAAAAGAUCGUAUAAUUCAGUUCCCAUAUGUACCACCGGCAAAUGAAAAAACAGAAGAAGAAUUGGCUAGACAAGAAGAGAGAAGACAGGAACAGGCACGUCGUCUAAAAGAACAAGCAGCUAAAUUACGUAUACAAAAGUUAAAAGACCUUGAAAAUAAUUUGGAAGCUUAUGUUCAACUUAAAGAAAGCAGGUCAUCAAUGAAGAAAUCAGAGUGGAUUACAAGACUAAAAGAAAACAGAAUAAGCGAUGAAGCGGAGUUGGAUGAGAUUAUUUUGAAAACCGAAAAAUCCGUUCAACGCGCAAGAAAUAAAUUGUUAGGUAUUGACGAAGUGGAGAUUAAGGAAGAACCUACUUUCCCGCUAGUUGAUACACCAGAUGAUCAAUUAAAUGAAGCCGAAAGGAAGGAGAAAAAGAAACAAGUCGCGGCAAAGAGUCUUCAUGAAACACGUCAAAGACAAAAGGAAGCUAAAGAAUUGGCUAGACGACAGCAGGAAGAAGAAGAGCGUGCAGAAGAACAAAGACGAAUAAAUGAUUUUGAAGGGUGGUUAAAUGAAUUAAAGAAUAGUUACGAGAGUCAAUUAGAAAAAGUGAAAAGCUUGAAACGAAAAAAGGAACAGCUUUUGGAUCGUAGAAGCCACGCCUCACAAUUGCGAAUGAAAUCAAUAGCUAAUUUGGCGAGUGAUACGCCGAAUCAGAAAAGACGGAGAAGGGGACAAGAUGAGGACACGUUUGGAAUGGACGAUAAUGAUUGGUCUAUUUACAAGGAAAUAAGCAAAGAAGAGGAUGCAUGGGAAGAAGAAGAGGAAUUAUCACAAUUAAGAGAUUAUGAACACAAGCUUCUUAGAUACGAUCCCGCAUUUCUACCGGAGCAUACAUUUGACGCGAAAAAUUCACAGCAAAAUUCUCUCGUUUUUAUGUUAACUCGAGGAGUCGUACCUGCAUAUGAUCCAGAAAACUUUGGACAAAUGCAUCAAUUACAUGUUAAUGUUGAAAGAAUAAGAGUUCCUGAGGCUUUAUUUCAACCUAGUAUAAUUGGAUUAGAUCAAGCUGGUGUGGUUGAAACCAUUGGAGAUAUUGUUAACAGAUUUGAUUAUGAUGACCAGCGAAAAAUGAUCAAGUCCAUAUUUGUUACGGGUGGACAUACACAGACACCAGGACUUUUACCUCGAUUGGAAACUUCGCUUCGAUCUAUAUUACCAUCAGAUGCGUCUUUAAGGAUAAUUCAUGCUAGUGAUCCAGUAAUUGAUGCAUGGCGUGGUGCUGCAUUAUGGGCUAGAACGGAAGAUUUUUAUAAAUAUGCUGUAACUCGUCAAGAAUAUCAAGAAUAUGGUGGAGAAUAUUUAAAAGAGCAUAGGUUUGGCAAUGUUUAUAGAAUAUAAUUAUAAUUGUUCUUUCAAUAAAUUUGAAAGUUUAAAAUUUGUUGAUUUAUGGCAAAAAAAUUCGGUUUACUAAUAGUCAAAUAGACUAAAAAUUUCGCAUAAAACUUAUGAUCCAGUUUAAAUAAUUACGUAUUGAAUAUUAUUUAUCAACAUAUUAUUUUAAAUAUAUUAAAUUCUUAAUUGGUAAUAAUAGGAAUUUAUUUAUAAGAAGCAAAUAUAAUCAUUAUUAAAAAUUAUUCAAAUUAAAUUUAACCUUUUUUCCCAUAUUUUUUUUUUUCUUAUUUUUCACACUUGGUUUUCCAUCAUCAUCAUCAUCAUCAUCAUUCUUGGCAGCCUCUUUUUGUAAUUUC